AUGACUAUUGCAAACGGCUGCUGUGCUAGAGGCCCAGGCUAUGCGUCGCCGCUGGACGCAUAUCGCAAUGGCCCCAAGGAGAAGCUCCUCUACAUUCCCUGCGUCAUCCCAGACCACAGCCGGCCUGAUUACGUUGCGACGGUGGACGUGGAUCCUGAGUCAGCGACAUACAAGCAGGUGAAAAGUGCACUGGCCCCGAUUUCCGGCGCCUGGUGGAACUCGUGCUCGUCCUGCCACGCGGAUCCCUCAGCGCCCGCUCGCCGGCUGCUCAUCCUGCCGUGUUUGGGCAGCGGCCGAGUGUACGGUAUCGACACCGCCACCGACCCCCGAGCCCCCCGCCUGGGCGCCGUUGCCGAGCCGGGGGAUAUCCAGUCCGCCACUGGCCUGAGCUACCUGCACACGAGCCACUGCGCGCCGGACGGAAGCAUCAUGAUCAGCGCCAUGGGUGAUAAGGAAGGUACGGCACGUGGGUCGUUCCUGCUGCUGAAUCAAGACUUGAGCAUCAAGGGUGUGUGGAGCGGCGAGGAGACGCCGUACGGGUACGACUUCUGGUACCAGCCCCGGCUGAACGUGAUGGUCAGCAGCGGUUGGGGAGCCCCCCGAGCAUUUAGCAAGGGUUUCAACCCGGCAGAGGUUCCGGAGCAUUACGGCAACUCGCUGUACGUGUGGGACUGGAAGGCCAGGUCCCUCCAACAGAAGAUCGAUCUGGGGCCCAAGGGCCUCCUGCCCCUGGAGGUGCGGUUCCUUCACGAGCCCUCCUCCCCUCACGGCUUCGUGGGUGCCGCCCUGUCGUCCAACGUCAUACACUUCACACGGCCAGCUGAGAACGACCCGUGGGUCGCUAAUGUGGUGGUGGAGCAGCCCUGGGUCAAGGUGGAGGGCUGGGUGCUUCCCGAGCUGCCCCCUUGCAUCACCGACAUCCUCAUCUCCCUGGACGACCGCUUCCUGUACGUCUCCAACUGGCUGCGUGGAGAUAUCGUACAGUACGACAUCUCCGAUCCCGCUGCGCCGCGCCUGGCGGGCCGCGUCUGGUUGGGCGGCCUGGUUCGGAAAGGCGGCCCGUUGAAGGUGCUGGGGGGCUUGCCAGAAGAUACCCCCGGGCCGCCCGAGAUUCCCACCGUGGGAGGCGUGGAGCUCCGGGGCGGGCCGCAGAUGCUGCAACUGUCACUGGACGGAAAACGGUUGUACGUUACAAACAGUUUGUACAGCCCGUGGGAUAAGCAGGUAUACCGUAGUAGGGUGUACGAACACGGGCUGGGAUGCUUGAUCGACGUGGACACGGAGAACGGCGGCAUGAAGUUAGACACGGACUGGAUUGUGGAUUUCGGCAAGGAGCCGGGCGGCCCGGUGCUGGCGCACGAGGUCCGGUACCCGGGAGGUGACUGCAGCAGCGACAUCUGGAUCUGA